GCCUGUCGCGCUUCCUCUUGCUCCCCACUUAACAACUCUGAAGAAGGCAGACAGGCUCCGCGAGAGAUCAACAAGCGUCCCCUAAGGCAGCGCGCUCAAGGGAGGGCGCGCGCGUGCGCGCUACGGAGGGCCAGUCGAGCCGCUACCGGCGCGAGGCGGUGGCGGCAGCGGCUCCGCGCGCGCGCUCCCUCCCUCCCCCCUCGUUCUUCUCCCCUCACCCUCCCCCCGCCCCACUUGGUCUGGGGGGAUCGAUUCCCGGGUCGGCGUAAAAUGGAGGGUCUGACGCUGAGCGAGGCGGAGCAGCGUUAUUACUGCGACCUCUUCUCCUACUGCGACACCGAGAGCACUAAGAAAGUGGCGUCCAACGGGCGGGUCCUCGAGCUCUUCCGCGCCGCGCAGCUUCCCAGCGAGGUGGUCAUGCAGAUCAUGGAACUUUGUGGUGCAACAAGACUUGGAUACUUUGGAAGAAGUCAGUUCUACAUUGCUCUGAAACUUGUUGCAGUAGCUCAGUCUGGGCUUCCACUGCGAGUGGAAAGCUUAAAUUCAGUCAAGGACCUUCCCCUGCCCAGAUUUGUCAUGUCAAAGAAUGAACAGGAACUGAGGCAUUCGUCCUUGUAUUCUUCAGAUGCUGAUAAUUCCUCCUCCUAUUCAGGUGCAAUUCCUCCUCCUCCUCCAGGCAGAAUACAAGUGAAAAAAGGCUCUGUGAGCCAUGAUGUAGUCCAACAACGUCCAUCAACAGAUCAACAGGAGUCCACAUCUCCAGUUGUUUCACCACAGCAAUCCCCACCAACAUCUCCGCAUUCAUGGAGGAAGCACAGCCGCCAUCCUAGUGGAGGGAAUAAUGAGCGACCUCUUGCUGGACCAGGGCCUUUUUGGGCUCCAUUUAGUGAAGCACAAUCAGGCUCCUGUAAUACUGGUGAUCCAAUGUGGUCUGGCCAUUCUCCACCACCCCAUCAAGAAAACUGGGUCAGUUUUGCAGAUAACACACCAACCAGUACUAUUUUACCCAUGCAUCCUGCUUCUGUCCAGGAUCAGACAACUGUACGAACUGUAGCAUCAGCUACAACAGCUAAUGAAAUUCGUAGGCAAUCAAGUAGUUAUGACGAUCCCUGGAAAAUAACAGAUGAACAAAGGCAGUAUUAUGUGAAUCAAUUUAAAACCAUUCAGCCUGAUCUAAAUGGAUAUAUUCCAGGGUCUGCAGCUAAAGAAUUUUUUACAAAAUCAAAACUCCCUAUUCUUGAGCUGUCGCACAUUUGGGAACUAUCAGAUUUUGACAAAGAUGGUGCAUUAACACUGGAUGAGUUCUGUGCUGCUUUUCAUCUAGUAGUUGCAAGAAAGAAUGGCUACGAUUUGCCUGAGAAACUGCCUGAAAGUUUAAUGCCUAAACUGAUUGAUUUGGAGGACUCAGCAGUUGUUCCUGUUUCAGAAGUGGGAGAUCAGUCUGGUGAGGUAGGUUAUGCAAGUUCACCAGCAGAAGCCCCUCCAAGCAAAUCACCAUCUAUGCCAUCGUUAAAUCAGACCUGGCCAGAACUAAAUCAAAACAGUGAGCAGUGGGAGACAUUUAGUGAACGCUCCUCAAGCUCACAAACUCUGACCCAAUUUGAUUCUAACAUUGCACCAGCUGAUCCUGAUACUGCUAUUGUUCACCCUGUUCCAAUUCGAAUGACUCCAAGCAAAAUCCAUAUGCAGGAAAUGGAGCUUAAAAGAACUGGAAAUGAUCAUACGCAUCCUACAAGUCCUUCACUGGUGAAAUCACCUGAUCUUGCAGAUGAAAAUAAAAUGAGUUCAUCUGUAAAAUUUGUAGGGGGAAAUACAGUUGCAGAUGGUUACAGCAGCUCAGAUUCCUUUACUUCAGAUCCAGAACAUAUUGGAAGCACUGUAACUAGGCAACGGUCACAUUCAGGGACAUCUCCAGAUAAUGCUGCUCCACCUCCUCCACCGCCAAGGCCUCAUCCCUCACACUCACGAUCAUCAUCUUUAGAUAUGAACAGGACCUUUACGAUUACUCCAGGUCAACAGCAAGCUGGAGGGAUUGCCUACCCCCCUGCAGUGCCUCCAAGACCUCAACCCGCACAGGCUGGAGGUCAUGUUCAUCGCCCAUCAGAUUCUGAAGGUCUAAUAGCUCAUACCAGUACCUCACCUCAACAAAUACCAGAACAGCCAAACUUUGCAGAUUUUAGCCAGUUUGAGGUUUUUGCUGCAUCAGGUGUGAAUGAAGAAGAGGAUGAAGAAAUUGAGAGAAACGCAGAAGCAUUGCAAGCAGAAAAACCCUCUGAUUCUGCAGGAACUAUUAGAGUUGCCAAGACUGAUGGAAGAUUAGAGGACAAGACAGCUUCUAGUGCCCCUGCAAAUGCGGGUAAAGGCACCACACCUCUAGCUCCACCACCAAAACCUAUACGCAGAAGGCCAAAAUCAGAGGAUGAGCUAAGACCUGAAGCUGAGGAGCAUACACAGAAAACAGGUGUCAUAGCUGCUGUUCUUGCUUCACAGCCAUCUAUUCCUAGAUCAGUAGGAAAGGACAAGAAGGCAAUUCAGGCAUCAAUCAGACGCAAUAAGGAGACAAAUACUGUUUUAGCCAGACUGAAUAGUGAAUUGCAGCAACAAUUAAAGGAUGUUCUUGAAGAGAGAAUUUCACUGGAGGUUCAACUGGAACAGCUUCGACCUUUCUCUCACUUAUAAGCCGAUUGCCAUUAACUGUGAACUAAUUAACUUUGAAAGGGGAAAUUGGGUAAAAGGCCUAAUUAAAGACCCAUAUGUUCAGCUCAGUGCACUCUAACAUUCUGUGAUUGUUUUGUCCUCUGUCCACAGUUGUAUUUAAGUAACUUUUAUAAUUUUAAUACAAAGAAUUGGAAUCAAUGUUUCCUUGAAUGUUCUAUAUAUUGGCACUGCCAUCCCUCCCAUUUCUUGGGAACACACCUACAGUCUAAGUUGGAGCCAGGUUUUUACAGUUUCAGUGGCCUAAAUCCCAAACUGGAAUUCAUUACCUAAUGGAUUUUUUUUGUAUUUCACAUCAUGGAAAAAAAAUAUUCCAGGUAUCCAAAUGGAUGCCUUUGUUACCAGUUACCUUAAAUAAACACCAAAAGCACAUUUUAUUAUGAAUAUGUGCUAUAUAUCUUCCUUUUGACUGUGAAAGUGAGAUUUACCUGCUGUCGUCAUUGGUCAGUUUCUCAUCACCAUUUAUUGUAACAUUGCUUAACUAUAAUUUCAAACAGCCAGCCAUUUUGGAUAAACCAACUCCUUCAAGUGCCACACUCUUACAUACUACUUUGCCAUGCCAAAUAGAUUUGGUUAUUCUUUUAUGUUUAGGUAUCUUGUACAACAUGACCACAACUUCACAGUGGUUGUAAUUCAUGACCCUGAUUUUGCAGCAUGCACAUACACAACCCUUUUGUGAAAGGAAUAGGUGUUCUCUCAGUCAGGCAUAUUUCCAGAACACCUGUAGUUGAUGAUUUGCACAUUGCCUUUUUUUUUUUAAACUGAUACAUUCACCAGACUCUCUUGUAAAAGAAUUCAUGGUCAAGAAAUGUGUUAGCACUUCAAUUUUUCUUUUCCUUCCCCUCAAGAUAUGUGGUUUAAGAGGUUUGGGCUACACUUUCUCCCCAUGUCUCCAAGCCUUACUCUUCUGGCUUAUAGACACGUUGCAUUAUUAACAGAAAGUUCCUUGACUGUAUCCUGCUCUUCAGGUUGAUGUACUGUAUUAGGAUUUGUUGUAUAUUGUAUAAUACACACCUUUUGAUCUCAUAUGUAAAUUUGCAUUAAUGCUGACUAACAGCAGAUAUACUAUUUAAUGGCUUAUUCUGGCUGUGGGAUCAUAGAUGUUAAACUGCAUGAAUGUAUCUCAGCAGAAUCAGAACUAGCAAGUGUGAUUUUUACACCAAUAAAA